AGGCAUCAAGAAGGUCAGGCAAAGACCUGACAGCAGCCCUCUGCCUCACCUCCCUCUGAUCUGAUGGCUUGACCUCAGAGCAUCUCUCUCCAUAGCUGGAGAGAUUAAAAGACAAAGAAAUGAGCUCAGGAUAAAUAUUUGACUCAUAAGACUUACUGUCUUAUAAGUCAAAUGGUGGGAUCUUUGGACACCUUGCCUGUUGUUACAACAAGCAACAAACAGAAAUCCGAUGUGUCCGGUCUCAUCUCAGCUUCCUGUGUAUCCUCAAAAUAUAGCGAGGAGGUUGGCAUGGAGAUGGCUUGGAAUGAGAACCAGAUAUCCUCUUUCAUUACUUCACAAACGACCCAGUUGGUGUUAAAGAUUCCCUCUUUGUUAUUUACAUUACCUUCUUUAUUAUUUACAGAUCGGUGGCGCCGCCUGCUGUUUAAAUUUAGGUGGGGCAGUGAAACCACUCUUCAAACAAAACGGAAGACUUUGCCGCCAAAAGAGAGAAUUUUUUAGCGCACGCCCACACCGUUGCGGAACAGGAAGUGACGAAAUUAAAAUGGCGUCCUCCGUGACCCGGCUCCCUACGCGCUGUUUCGUCACGUCACUAAUUUCCAAACUCUGCCGCGCUCAUAUUCAUUUUGUAUUAGCCAGAAAUUUGUGUUUUUCGGCCACGGCCUUGGUCGCACACCGGGGAUGUUUGACGGCUCACCCGAGCUCGCGGAGCCACAAAAAUGCGGCGACAUUGAGCCGACUGACAGCCUUGCGAUAUCCUCACGUUAUCCCAGACCGAUGCUUCCGCAGCAGCACGAAAUGUGCGAACAAGCAAGACUUGUACGAAGUGCUGGGUGUCGCCCGCACUGCCUCACAAAGGGACAUCAAAAAGGCAUACUACCAGUUGGCAAAGAAGUACCAUCCAGACACCAACCCAGACGACCCGGAGGCCAAAGAGAAGUUUGCUAAACUGGCUGAAGCCUACGAGGUGUUGAGCGAUGAGGUGAAGAGGAAGCAGUACGACACGUAUGGCUCGGCCGGCUUCGAUGCCAGCCGGGCGGGCCAGCAGCAAUACUACAGAGCCGGCAGCGCCAAUGUGGACCCCGAGGAGCUCUUCAGGAAGAUAUUCGGGGAUUUCGCCGGUGGCUUCCAAGACAUCAACAGCAUGUUUGAGCAACGGCCGGAGUUUGUGAUGGAGCUGACAUUUGCCGAGGCGGCGAAGGGCGUGGACAAGCAGCUGUCAGUCAACGUCGAGGACGCCUGCCCAAGGUGCAAUGGCAGGGGCAGCGAGCCGGGCACCAAAGUGUCGCACUGCCACUACUGCAAUGGCACUGGCAUGGAAUCGCUGCACACGGGCCCUUUCAUGAUGCGAAGCGCGUGUCGACGCUGUGGCGGCAAGGGCUCCAUCGUAACCACGCCCUGCGCUCUUUGCCGAGGUUCGGGUCAGACCAAGAAGAGGCAGACGAUCACGGUGCCGGUUCCGGCCGGGGUUGAACACGGUCAGACCGUGCGGAUGUCAGUCGGCCAGAAGGAAAUUCUCAUUACGUUUCGGGUCCAGGGGAGCCCCGUGUUCAGGCGCAACGGGAUCGACAUCCACUCGGACGUGCUGAUCUCUGUGGCGCAAGCCAUCCUGGGUGGCACCGCCACCGCGCAAGGCCUCUACGAAACCAUCAGCAUUGUGAUUCCCGCCGGCUGUCAAACGGAUCAAGUGAUUCGGCUGCAGGGGAAAGGCAUUCGCAGGCUGAACAGCUUCGGCUACGGUGAUCACUACGUGCACAUCAAGAUCAGCGUGCCCAAGAAGUUGACGCGGAGGCAGCGAUCUCUUCUACUCAGCUACGCCGAGGAGGAGAUAGAUGUUCCUGGGACCGUUAAUGGUGUCAGUCUGUCUCCAGGGGGCGGCAGAGCGUCAGGUUCUAGUGAGAGGGCCAGCAGUUCAGCAGAAGCAGUGGACAAACAGAAGAAGAAGGAGGAAGAAGAGAAGGAGGAGGGAGGCUUUUUUUCAAAACUCAAGAAAAUGUUUAGCUGAAAUGAAGACCACAAGACAAUGAAGGUCAACGUGGAAAAAGAAGAGGACGAAUCCGGAAGGAGUCACCUUUGCAUGGGGCCAGUUGCAAACGUUGCACGCAGCAAACAGGCCAGAAAAACAUGGCAACGCCUCCGCAAAGUGGCAAAGGACGAUGGUAAUUAGCGUAAAGGCUUGUAUGUCUCUAAGAAACUUGUAGCGGCGGCUUAAAAAUAUAUUUAAAUAAAUUCCACAAGCUUUCAUUCAUUGUCGCUGGUGUUUGACGACAACCGGGGGCGUCAUCACUCGCCGUGUGGUUUUGAAGCCCGGCAGGGUGACUCCAAAGGCAAAUUGAAGUUAGACGCCGGCUGUCCCCUUUCUCUGCUUUUUUGGGACCACAGAAAACGUUCUGUUCUCAGCGUGCGGUUUCCAUGCGACAACUGUAAACGUCCUGACUCAAGCUGACCGAGCCGCCCACACUCCACGAGGUGGUUCUGUGUGACGAGUAAUUGAUGGAAUCCUUUUUGCUAUUUACGUCUGCGCCAUGGUUAGCCACAAAAAAAAUGCUCAGCGUCCAUAUUGGACUGAUCGCUGAAGUAUUUCAAGUUACGCUGAUCUCAUUCGGAGUCGAAAAAUGUCCUACGGCGAGCUGGAGCCAACACUGGUUUGCCGGUCAAGCAAACAUUGAUUUGGCUUUGUUCUAUUAAGACAUGCCAUCAUGCUACAAGCAGUUGUUUUGCACGGGCAGACGCAAUAAGAAAAUGAUGACUUUUGGGGCUUUGUUUCCCCGUAAAAAAGUCAACCUUGAUUGAGUUCUAAGUUGUAAGGUUUUGUUUUUGUUUUUUUCCGAAAUUCACUUUUCAAAGCUCGGAAUACAGCAAAAUUAAAUUUCCAAGAAGAAUAGAAGGCUCCCAUGGGAAUUCAGCAAACUUCACGGCCAUGGCUUGCUCCUCCUCCUCCUCCUCAUGUGGGCCUCGGUGGCAUCGUAAAUUUUCUUUAGUCUGAGGCUGUCACACUCCUAAAUCACUCUUGUGUAAUUAUGGAGCGACGGUUGAGUCUCUGUGUUGUUUCUUCCUCGGCCCGUGGCUGGAAAAAAUUGCCGAGCUUGCAGACGGAAAUGUUCCUUGUGAUUUAGUAUUCAUUUUAGGGGUCCCAGCAUCACAGAACAAAAGUUUCACUGAUCAACAUGAAAUGAGUUGGUGAUGCCUGUCAUAACGGGACCACAAAAAAAGACUUGAGGAACUGUGCACAAAAUUAAACGGUCUGCCAUUUUGUACAAAUUCCAGGACUCCUCUACGCUAUUCGUUCAAAUGGUCCCCAAUUGGAAACAGGUUAUGGACAUUUAGUGUUUACCAACCUUUAUUGGGCCAAGCCACUUACAACCCACAUGCCAACAAACAUAUCAAAAUAUUGAAACAACACUCAUUGUGAAAUCUUCCCCAGUUUAGUUGAAGGCAAAGCUAUUCUGUUGAAUGGAUAGCCUGACCAAUAUGAAUUAUUUGAGGCUGAUGCAGAUUCCGAUAUUUGGCAGUAUAAAAUUCCAACAACCAACGAAUCGUCCGAUCAAUUAAAAAAAAAGUACAAUGAAUGAAAUAACUUUUCGGUCCCUAAAUGCUGACGAUAAAAAGGAUGACUUAAGGGCAGAACGUUUGACUGUUUUACUUUUGGGGGGGGGGGGGCAUCAGGGGGCAGGGAAGAGCAUUUUAUCUGUUCUCCCUCUCACUGUACGUCACUGCCAUUAAUUGGUGACCGAAGGAACGACAUUCCUCUGUUGGUCUUUAUAAACAAACACAUACAAAAAUUGUUUAAUAGAAUGUUUAAAAAAAAUCGUGAUUUUGUGCAUUCAAUAAAAUAUCACCAUGGUCACUAUAGUACACGUCAAAGUUUAUGUACACACUAUCACACCCGCACAGUAAACUGUAGUAAUGGUAUUGCUGCAGAGGAUAAAGAAUGUAUGCCUGAGUAUUGUUGCAUUGUCAGUCUUAAUAUGUUGCGAUACUAGUUCCUUUAGCACUCAAUGGAGUUUUGCAUUGUUGUUAGCAUUAAGCUAGCAGACUUUUGUCAUGUAGUGGUCGCUUACGGAUUCAAAGUUAAAUACAUUUCAUUUUCCGGUCAAUAAACGGCUUGAACCAA